AUGGUACAUUUUGAACCCAGUGCCCCCACUCAGCUUCGUGUUGACGCCAGUCCAUUUGGCCUGGGGGCUAUAUUAACCCAAACUCAUGGCGAUGAAACCAGACCAGUAGCCUAUGCAAGUCGCACUCUUACAGCCGUUGAGAGGCGUUAUUCUCAGACUGAGCGUGAGGCCUUGGCGGUUGUCUGGGGAUGUGAACGGUUCCACCUCUAUCUAUAUGGGACAACCUUUGACAUCUAUACAGAUCACAAGCCUCUUGAAAUUAUCUACAGUCCGACGUCAAAACCCCCUGCGCGCAUUGAACGGUGGGGCCUUCGCCUGCAACCGUAUAAAUUUUGCGUUAAGUGUUCACCUGGAAUUGGUAAUCCUGCGGAUGUACUUUCUCGUUUGCCACUUCCCAAUGCAACAACCACUACACGCAACACGGCUGAAGAAUAUGUCCAGUUUGUCGCUCAGUAUGCAGCUCCCAAGGCCCUGUCUCUUAGUUCAAUAAAAGAAGCUACCAACCAAGAUCCAGUUCUUCAAUUUCUUCGCGAGUGUAUCAUGAAGAACAAUUGGCCCAAGGUUAGUAUGACACGUCCAUAUUAUGGUAUCAGACACGAACUGACUGUUAUUGAUGACAUUAUCCUUCGCGGGUCCCGUAUCUUGAUGCCAACGUCUCUCCGAGAACGAACUUUGAAACUAGUCCACGAAGGGCAUCAGGGCAUCGUGAAGACAAAACGACUGCUAAGAAAAAAGGUCUGGUGGCCUGGCAUUGACCAAGCCAUAGAACAGCUAAUUCGUACGUGCAUUGCAUGCCAAGCCCAAGGUCCAGUAUCCACACCACCGCCCCUUCACAUGACGACUAUGCCAAGUCGGCCAUGGCAAAUUCUACAUGCCGAUCUGUGCGGGCCGUUUCCCAGUGGAGAAAGUCUUCUCGUCAUGGUAGAUACCUGCUCCCGUUGGCCAGAAGUAUAUGUUAUGAAGAGUACUACGUCCACAGCUAUCAUAAAAUGCAUGAAGACCACAUUUGCAACCCAUGAAAUCCCGCACGAAAUUGUUACUGACAAUGGACCACAAUUCACCUCCGCUGAGUUUGGUACAUACCUUUCCAAUUGUGGUAUUGUACACCGUAAAGUCACACCUUAUUGGCCCCAGGCAAACUCCGAAGUAGAACGUUUUAACCGAACUGUAGAAAAAGCAAUACGUGCAGCGAACGUCGAAGGGAAAAAUUGGAAAGAAGAACUUGAUGUUUUCCUACUGAAUUAUCGUUCAACUCCCCACUGUACAACGGGGAAACCACCUGCCAUUCUCCUUUUUGGCCGUAACAUUAGAAAUAAAAUACCCGUGCCACCAGCAUCGACACCAGCUGAUGACAUACCAGUAACAGUUCGUCAACAUGAUCGCGAAAGAAAAGAGAAAAUAAAGUCUUACGCUGAUGACCACAACCGAGCUUCAUCGUCCGACGUGAAAAAGGAAGAUACGGUGCUUCUCCAUCAACCUUGGCAAACAAAAUUGUCGACGACCUAUGAUCCGAAGCCGUACAUUGUCGAAGAAAAGAAAGGGCCCAGUGUGCUACUGAAACGACCCUUUGAACGACAGAUUAUGAGAAAUGAAAGUAUGAUACGUAAGAUUCCUGAUGGAAAAGACUUCGCGGAUGCUAAGAAAAGAGGACUCCAAAAUUGCGGACAACAGGUCAGCGAAGAGAAGAAACAUGAAAAGCAGAACGAGGUCAGUAUAAGACCAAAACGGGCUAGACAGCCACCGGACUAUUACGGACAGAGCUGA